AUGUCGCUAAAACAGGAAAUCGAAACAUGGGUCGAGGCUCUCAAGUACUACGACAACAAUGAGUUCGACGAGGCGCUCAAGACAUUUGAGAAGAUCGCGGACACGUCCAAGAUCUGGUUCAACAUGGGCGUAAUCCACGCGACGCUGGGCGAGCAUGAAAAAGCUGUCGAAUGCUAUCAGCGCGCCAUCAAGCUCGAUCAAUACCUAGCCGUCGCCUAUUUCCAGGAGGGCGUUUCCAACUUCCUGCUCGGUGACUUCGAGGAAGCCUUGGCCAACUUCAACGACACUCUGCUAUACCUCCGUGGCAACACCUUGAUCGACUACUCGCAGCUGGGUCUGCUGUUCAAGCUCUAUUCAUGCGAGGUCCUGUUUAACCGUGGUCUCUGCUACAUAUAUCUCGAGCAGAUGGAUGCUGGUAUGCAAGAUUUGCAAUAUGCUGCUAAGGAGAAGGUGGUUGAGGAUCAUAAUGUGAUCGAUGACGCAAUCCGGGAUGAGGCCAAGGGCUACACGGUCUUCUCGAUCCCCGUCGGUGUUGUCUACAGACCCAAUGAAGCCAAGGUCAGAAACCUUCAACAGAAGGACUACCUGGGCAAGGCCCGCCUGGUUGCCGCCUCUGACCGUGCCAAUGCCUUUACCGGCUUUGCGGGCGCAGAACUGGCUAAGGGGCAAUCUCGUCAAACCUGGUCUCUCAAGCAGAAGACAGCAAUCGGAACCACCAAACAACCGCAACGUCUUCCCCCCAACCCCCCUCCCGAAAGCGACAAGGCCUCCCAGAUCAGCCGUGGUGCCUCAGUUCGCAACGGACCUAAGCCAGUACCUGGUCGCCUCAAUCUCGAAAAGGUGCGCUCCAACGACCGUUACGAGCGUUCGUCCCCCGACGAUGUACCCCGUCCGCGCGUAGCCCGUUCUGCCUCGGCAGCCCCCUCCCGCAGCUUCUCCCAGCGCAGUGAGGCUCCCCCGCCGAGGAGGAGGCGUGACGAAGAAGAGGAUGCCUACGUGGCCGACGACCUGUACGACAUGUACCAAGGCGGCAGCGGGUCUCGCAACAGCCGUUCACAGCGGAGUGUUGGUAGCCGUGCGCAGACCAACAGGUACAUCGAAGAGGAAGAGGAUGACGCCAGCGAUUACGAUGACGCAUCGAUCGAUGAGGGUGAGUUCGAGAUGGUGACGAACCGCAGACCGGCAGCCCCGCCAUCAGUGACAUCGGGUAGCUCGAGGAGAGGGUCAUCACGGCAAACCAUGCGAACCGUGCGUGUCAAGGUCCAUGCUGGAGAUGUGCGGUACGUUGUCGUUGGUCCGGCAAUCGCAUUCCCAGACCUGGUACAGAAGAUCCAGGAGAAGUUCCAGCUCCGAAGGAAGUUCAAGAUUAAGGUCAAGGAUGAGGACAAUCCGGAGGGUGAGAUGAUCACCAUGGGCGACCAGGAUGAUUUGGAUAUGGUGAUGGACAGCGUUAAGAAGGAAGCGCGAAGAAAUAGAUCUGGAUCCAAGAACUAUGAGCUGUUUCACCGGUGA